CUUCUAGCCUCAUGAAACUUCUCGAACAUUUCCAAACCAACAACCUCGUACGGAUACAUAUUAUAAAUUAUUCUCCUCUAUGUUUCUUCCACCAACAUAACAGCAACUGAACAACCUUAAUUUUCUCGAAUAUUAGAAACAAUUUACAAACACGCAAAACAUGAUGAUACAUUUUAACAACAACAGAACCACAAAACCUUUUCGUUACAACAAGACACCGUCAAAGGUGGUUUCGAUUCCGGUUCAUUUUGUUGGGUCAGAGAGAAACAGAAAUGACUCAGCCAUGGUGAUUCAGAGGGUUGCAAGAGGGUAUCUUAUGAGGAAGUGUAUGAAGAAGAUGCUGAAGAUGAAGGUGGAGUUGGAGGAGAUUGACAAAAAGGUGAAUAAUGAAGAAACUGUGAAGAUGAUGAAGAAGGAGCAAAAGGAGAGGAUAAGGAUGGGUGAAACCAUCAUGAAUUUGCUUCUUAAGUUGGAUUCUGUUAGAGUGUUUCAUUUUUCUGCUCUUAGGGACUUGAGAAAGUUGCUCAUUAAAAGGGCCAUUUUUCUUCAAGAAUUUAUUGAUCAGAUUCAAACACUGGGUUCCGCAGAUGAGGUUGAAGAUGUUGAGGGUAAGUGUGAGGAGGAUUGUUUGAUGAAGGUAAAAGAGGAACAGGGUCAAGAUGAGGUUGAGAAGGAAGAAGAUAAAGAAGAGAGUGUUGGAUCAAGUUUUGAGGAGGGUAGUGAGGAUGUGAAAGAAGAGGAGGGUAGGAUUGUAAUUGGAUGUGAAGAUGAAGAGGAGGAGAAUAGAGAAAUGUUGAGAAGGAUGAUGGAUGAGAAUGAGAUGAUGAUGUAUAUGAUGACACAAUUGUAUGAGAAGAAUGAGAAACAAGCAUCAGUUCUCACAUCUCUCACACAAAGAGUGGAGCAACUUGAGAGAGCAUUCACUUGUGAUAAGUUGAAGAAGAAGAAUAAGAGGAGGAUAUGCCAAACAUAGAUAUAAUGGUUGCAUAUGAUGAUUUUUGCUUUUGUUGUCUCAAUUAUGUGCCAAUUAUGUGCCAAUUCUGAUUAAUGUAACUCUACUAAGUUUAAUGAAGUUGUCUAUCAA